CUCGCACGCAUCUAAUGUCAUGAAAUGACUUCAACUUCAAUAUUAAACUUGUUAUGAAUGUGUUAAUUCAUUUUGAUUCACUCUAAAAAUAUUAGUAAUUCUUAUUUUAUUUGUUCACUUCAUACUCAUACAAGAACGAUAUUGAGCUAUAUGGAAACUAGUGAUAAUGUCUCAAUCUCAAGGUUGUUGUUCCAGUAGCAGCAGUGGUAACAGAUCUGAUGCUUCUGGAGUAGCUGAAUUGAAGCUGUAUAGAGCUUUUAUAUUCUCUGUACCAAUUUUCUUCACUUUGAUUCUUCUUUUUCUUUUUUAUGUUUUUUAUUUGAGACCAAGAAGGGUUGAUUGGUCUUCUAUUAGGAUGAGGUCUGUUUCUGUGCUGCAACAUCAUCAUAACAACAAUGCCACCUCCACUUCUGAUUUGGGAUUGAAGAAAGAAUUGAGAGAGAUGUUGCCUAUUAUUGUAUACAAUGAAAGCUUCUCUGUCAAAGAUACACAAUGCUCAGUAUGUCUUUUGGACUACCAACCAGAAGACAGACUUCAACAGAUACCUGCAUGCGGCCAUACAUUUCACAUGAGCUGCAUUGAUCUUUGGCUUUCCAGCCACAGUACCUGCCCGCUUUGCCGUUUGUCCCUACUACCUACUGCGAAAUCUUCGACAGAAAUAUCCGAAAUGCAGGCCACAAGCAAUGAAGAAAUGGAGAUGCAACAGAGCGAUGAAGAAACACUAGCCAUGGAAUUCUCUGACUCAAGAUCUACUAGACAUCUAGAAACCAGUGUCAUUCAAAAUGUCUCUGGAGAAGCUGCGAUCGAUGAUCACCGCAUUGAAGUUGAAGAGCGAAACAAUCAUUAGGAACAUCAGGACCAAGUUGAAGAUAUGAGAUUUUGAUUCCUUCUGGCAAAUGUUUGAUUCAAUAUUUUUGUUCAGUUGGGAUGCAAGAACUUGGUUUGGCGAAAAAAUUGGUAAUUUCGCGGAGGAUUGGAUCAAACCAUCAACAUCACCACCUUGCCGAAAUCUUUGAUAUAUCCCUGUGCUAAUUGGAAACAAGAUCAUGGACUUCUUUUUCCUAAUGGUUUACAUUGUAGCAUUGUAUUUCUGUGAGAGUUAUGCAUCAGUUAUCAACAUGUAAUUUAAAAUUUUCUAUGAUAUUGAAGGUUACAUCAAAGGGUUGAAGUCACUUGAUCAUCUUUUCAAGAAAUUUGAGAAAAGAAGUUAUUAAAGAAUGAAGUUAUUUCAUAA